AUGGACCACUACGGCCAAACAGCUGCCAGACCUUAUCCUUCUCACAAUCAGCCAGUGCCCUCUCAACCAAGGCUCGAGAUACCUCAGCCUGAGCAACAGCUCCCAUCUAUUCGAGAAGUCAUUCCUCCUCCGCGCGGGAACACUCUCGAGUCCAACGCUCAAGAAGUGCCAUCCUCACGGCCCAUGGCAGUAUCAUAUCUCAGCUCGCAGCCCACCACCGGCAUGAGUGUCGCCGCAGUCCCAGCACCAGCUCAACCACAUUCCAGUCCCAUGGCGUACCCAGCAGACAACUCCAGCCACAUCCAGAUGAACGGACUUCCCCCUUCUCUCCAGUUGCAAACACCCGCCAGAACACCAGCAGAGUACAGCUCUCCCUGGUCGACGUCUUCAACAUAUACGGAUCCAGUUCCUAUGAGCGCCGGCCCUACAGUGCCGGCUCAGUUCGGGAUGGCUCAGCCUAUGAUCCCUUCGGAUACCCAGGACAGCGUAUACUCUUCGGCCUAUUCGAUGCCUCGACAGGCCCAUGAGAGCCCCGACUCAUAUCAGCGAUGGAGGACCCCCGAAGUCCAGUCUACUCCUCGGUAUAAUCCGUACAUGGCGAUGGAUCGUUCAUACCAAUCGGUGGACUUUAACAGAUAUGGCCAACCUUACGAUCAAUACCGGAGCCCUAUGGGAUAUGAUGGAGGCUACCGCUCAGUCGAUACCUCACCAUACCAUGUCAAGUACGGCCAGUUGUUGUCCUAUCCCAUGAUGGGAUAUCCCUCUCACGCGGGUGGCCGAAGACGCCGGGGCAAUCUACCAAAGCCAAUCACCGACAUUCUUCGCCUGUGGCUCCAAGACCAUCUGGACCAUCCCUAUCCCAGCGAUGAACAGAAACAGAUCUUCAUCCAACGAACCGGUUUGACCAUCAGCCAGAUUAGCAAUUGGUUUAUCAACGCCCGUCGUCGGCAGCUACCAGCACUUAAACUCAAACGCGAGAGGGCGAAGACCCUACAAAGCCGCGCUUGA